AAACAUAGUAACGAUAAAGGGCCCAAUAACGUUAAAAAAAUAGCCCAAUACCCAUGGUAUGUGCUUAAGAAUCCAAAUCGGAUCUAUAACCCGACCCGGUUAUUGACACCGAGAGAGAGAGAGUCCACGGAACGUUGGCCGAAUUGCUAACGAAUCGAACAUCGUUUCGUCGCUGUAAAUUUUGAUGCGAAAGUUUCCAACUCACAGAUUUUGUUUUUCCAUUGUUUGGAUUUCUGGAUUCUAGUUAUAUGUUUGUGACAGAUUUUCCCUACAUCUCGUGAUUCUCCUCCGACGCUUGUUAAGCUCUCCGUUGAUUCGGGACUGUGAUCGGGGGCUUGGUGGAGAAGGCGAUGAUAACGAGAUCGAAUUUAGCAGAACAAUUGAGGGAAUAUCAGAUUAGAUCAAAACAUGAUUGGGCUUCCGUUUCUUUCUUUUCUUCAACCUCCAAUUUCUCUUCCUCCAGGGUCGAUGUUGUAGUCUUUGUCAUAUGGGAACUAGUGAUCUUAGCAUUCCUGGUGUUUUCAGCAGUAUCCUUUUACUUCAGGCGGUUGCAGCUCGCAUUCAUCCUGGUUUGUGUUACCUUGCUAUUGUUCGUUUGUAUGAAAAUCACAAAGCAAGUGAGACAAGCCAGAAAGAAGAAGCGAAGAAUGCUUCUUCCUCUCUCUAUGUAAAGACCGAAACCACUGAGCAGCUGCAAACCUUUUAUCUUCUCACGCAACCAAACCCAACUCUUUCCUGGCAUGAGCAUUUUGUCCAUAUACAUUGAUGAAGAUGACAGCUAAAGCUCAGACUGACUCUGGGACACGUCGCCUUUGUCCGUUGAAGAAUCAACCUGACUUGAGAUAUGAAACCAGGGAUUGCAACUUCAGGGCUUAGCUUAGACAAAUCAGAAAAAGUGGUUGUAAAGGUUGUUUUCCUGUAUAAAGAGUAGUAUGGGGUUGCAUUAUUUUUGCUAGGCACGAUCACGGAAGAUUUUUUGUUUACUUGAGCGUUUUGUGAUUAAAGAUAGUUUCCAUCUAUCUAUGUUACACUUAAAUAUCAUGGUGAUGUGAUUUUGAUUUGUUGGCUGUAAAAGUUUUUAUAAAUGA